ACUUCCGCUUCGCGAGCUUGAAGCUCCAAGCGCGGCUGUUGAGUUCCGUGUUGAUUUGAGUCUCUCGGCUCAGCUGCGCUUCGGCAUAGCGGCGGAGUCCCUGAACACUAGUAUUUCGGUACCCGUUUCCUACCAUGAAAUAACAAUACAAUAGUGCUCGUCGCCAAGGUCCUUCUAACCUACACAGUGUUUGAAGCUGUAAGCAGCUCUGCUGUCGGACAUGUGGUGGUUUCAGCAGGGCCUCUGUGUGCUGCCUGUGGUGCUGGUGUCAUGGACCUCAGCUACAUUCAUCUUUGCAUACAUUGCAGCUGUGGUGCAGAAGCACGUGGACCCGUUGCUGCCAUACAUCAGUGACACGGGGACGGUCGCUCCGGAGCGCUGCGUGUUUGGACUCAUGCUGGAUGUGUCAUCUUUUUUAGGCAUUGCCACUAUUUAUGUACGAUAUAAGCAGGUGCAGGGGCUGGUGGACCAGGAAGAGUCCCGUCUGCAUCGGCUCAACCAGGCUGGCCUGGUUCUGGGCUGGAUUAGUUCCUUUGGGAUGUGCGUUGUAGCCAAUUUCCAGAAAACCACCUUGUUCUUCAUGCACCUGGUGGGGGCGAUACUGACCUUUGGCAUUGGGGCCCUGUACAUCCUGGUGCAGACAGUGCUGUCAUACUACAUGCAGCCUCUUAUCCAUGGGAAGAACAUUUUUUUUGUGCGGUUGGCGGUGGGAGUCUGGACCUUCAUCAGCAUCAUCAGCAUGUUUGUGUCAUCAGUCAUAAUGUACAGCAGCCUGGUUGGGGUUGAUGUGGAGAAGAAGCUGCAUUGGAUCCCAGGAGAAACGGGCUACACCGCUCACAUCAUUAGCACCCUCUCGGAGUGGAACCUGGCCUUCUCAUUCGUCAGCUUCUUCCUCACCUACAUCCAGGAUUUCCAGAAGAUAACGCUGCGUGCAGUGGCAGACCUGCAGAGCAGCCACCUGUACGACAGGCCGUACUAUGAAACACCGCGCUCUAACUUAAACCACGGAGAGCGCUCACCUUUGCUUGCUGGUAGCAUCUGAGCAGGGCUGCCUUGGUGGGUUGCUAUUCUUAUGUGCAGAAACACAUACUGCAGGCGCAGCACUAACAGUAAGGCAGGGUUUCUAGUCUUACCUCAAGAAAACUGUUUCCUCUGUAGAUUGACUGGACCGAUGCUCCUUACAGCUCCUUGUUUACUUUUCUGGAACUAACAAUGUGUAACACAGUUCGUUUGAUGUGGCACUCGGGAUGACUUUAUCCUUUAAUAUAAAUUUCUCUAUAACCUGAAAGCCCUCAUAAGGGAUUUGUUUUUAGUCGUACUCAUACUAAUCAGUUACUUUAUACUGAAGACAGAAAUGGUUUAAAGGAAUCAUGCAUUUCUGGUGUCAUUUACUUUCCUGGGCCUGCUCUGGAGAAGACGUGCAGUCAAUUUGACUGACUGGAACCAUUCAUAUUGCUGCCGUUUCCCCAGAAUUUCUUCUGUCCACACAGGGUCAGCAGGUAGUGCAGAAGUUAAGACCGUUUCCUUGCAAGUUUUCUGCCGUGCCUUAAAUUGCUCCUGUAAGAAUACCCUGCUGUAGAGGUGGGUACAUCAGUGUAAAUAACUUAAAACUGUAAACUCCCUUGAACAAAGGUGUUAGGCAAGUAAAGAUAAUGUAAAAAUGAGCUCCAGUUGCAGCAUGAUUAUCAACCAGUAGAGGUCACAAGAAGUUAAACUGUCUUAUUCUGUUAUGAAACUAGCUUCAUUGAGCAGCGUUAAUACUUGUUUAACUGACACUUCUGUCUAUAGCAGCGUUCAGGUCACACGUACUUGUGCCAUGACCAAAGAGAAUUGGGCACACAAGAUAAGUUGACUAGGGUAUGACCUGAGUCUACAGUAUGCACUUUAGGUGGAGUCCACUUACCUGCACUGAUGCCUUAUUUUUGUGUCUGAGAAUGUAUAGAUUUCUUUGUGCCUUAAGUGACCUCCUGCUUUUCCAGUUUGACUAACUUUUAUCGCCAGCUGUACAGUCCAUAAAUGAGGGGGGGGAUGAAUGAGCCCUUGAAAGGUGCUUUGUGGAGUUGUUUAAUAUAUGAAUAGUCUUAUAGUCAGCUGAGAAAUGUAUAAGUAACAGUCUGGAAGCAGAAACUCUGGGUCUCUUUCACCCACCCCCCAUCCUUUAGCUCCUAUCUUGAAUAUACACAGUUUCAGGUUGAUAUUUGCAAUUAAAAUAUUUUGUCUGUUUGAACAAUUUUGUCUAGUUUUCUUUGUAUAUUUUA